AUGGCCCUGAAGCUUCUGCCAUUUCUAGCCCUUGUGGCCCAGGCGGCAGACUACAAUAUCGUUAACUUGGACAACAACACUCUCAAGCUGCUAACCGGCCACAGCCUUCCUGCAUUUGUUCGCUUUGACCGGGAUUACCCCUAUGGCGAGAAGGCUGACGCCUUCAAGGCGGUGGCGCAGACUGCAGUAGGUGCCCAGGUCCUGAUUGGCACAGUUGGCAUCUCCACCUAUGGUGAGAAGAUGAAUCAGGAUCUGGCGGAAAGGUUUGGCUACAAAUCGCCAGACAAAGAUCUGGAAUACAGUGACAUGGACAACAUCUUUCCCAAAUAUCGCUUCUUCCCGGCCAAUGGUGGUGCGGAUAUCGAGUAUACUGGACCCGUGACUGCUGAUUCGAUGACGCUGUUCCUGAAGAAGGAGGCCAAGAUCUACUUCGGCCUUAAAGGAACAAUUCGCGAGUUUGACAAGUUGGCCGCCGACUUUGUGAAUGGCAAAAGUGGCAAGGAUCAGGUCCUCAAGAUGCUGUGCCGCAAGAGCAUCAACUGA